GGAAGGAGGUGUGCGAAGCAAAACAAUAAAGGUUCAAUUGCCAUUGAGUUCCUCAGUAAUGGCUCAAAAUAGAUCGAUCGCCACUUGAUUCUCUUCCCCGGGUUAUUGACGGAAUCUACAGCAACUGGAAAAGAAAGAGAUCUAAUUGACGGAACUCGGGAAACGCUGUUGCCGCCGCCGAAGCAAGAUAUCAGAUACGUAUCCUCCAGCUCUCUCAUCCGCAGUCCAAUUUCUUGUCGUACACUGCUUGGUGUUUUUGUUGUCGUCACCAGAUUCACACACACAAAAAAAUCAACCUAAAGUGCAAUAAUAGGAGGCCAAAGCUUUGCCAUGGGUGUCAUUUUUUUGCCUGCCCUUGUGUAGCGUAAUUGGAUUUUCAUCCAAGAUUUUUUUUGCAUCCAGCGUCCAGUCCAUCCUCUCCAUGUACUGCCCCAUGCCAUCCACCGUGAGGGUUAGCCGAUUCAGGGUGUCGGCUAUGGACUGCAAUGAGGCCCGAGCGGGAGUGGGGGCAGGGGCACGGGCACGACUCGGUCCGGCGCCGUCUCGGUUUCCGGACUUCUUCUUGAAGAUGUUGUCGACGAUGACCCAAAGCUUCGUCAUCUUCGUGCUUGGCCCGGCGAUGUGGAUGUCGGCGGAGACGAUGAGGUCCAUGACGAGGAAAGCGUAUGGCAACUCCGCUCGUGGAGAAUGGAAGCGCAAUCCGUCAUGUGAAUCAUGACGUAUUUCGCCCAAUUGAUGGAGGCGCCGUGCAUGAUCGCAUGAAUCGCCUUCAAGUCGUCGUUGAAGAGCGAGGUGUGGCUGCCAUCCUGGGGGCAGAAGAUCCGGGUGAGGAUGUAGAGGAGGAGGCGCUUCUCCGGUGGGGCCGAGUGAAUCGUCGGUACGCCGCUGUGACGGAUCAAGUUGGUGAUCCCGAGCUCACGGAUGACGGCGGCCUCGUUGUUGAGGAUUCAAUCGUCGCCACCAUACGACGCGAUGUCGUCACCUCAGAUGGGCAGCUCUGUGACCCGAGCAAAGGUAGCCAAAUCAAUCUCCAUGUCGUAGAGAUUGAUGCUACUGCGGAUGGUGUCCCCGUCCCGGCGGAGAUUGGAGUAGAAGGCCCGAACAUAGGCGGGAUUGAAGGAGUUCCUUCCAGUUUUUUCGAGUUCUUCUAGUUUCUUCCAGUUUUUUCAGUUUCUUUCAGUUCCUUCCAAUUUUUUCCAGUUUCUUCCAACAUCCAGUUAACAGGCCCUAAGAAAAGACAUAUCUUUAA